AUGAACUUCAGUCAAACUGGGAAAACUGAACACUUCUGUUAUGAGUCUAUGAAUAGAUCUUGCCCAAAGUUCAUCAUUCCAACAGCAAUACGGGCUCCACUGUACGCUUUCUUUGGGGUUGCCAUUGUUUUUACUAUAUGUGGGAACUUACUUGUUAUCAUCGCCAUCGCUCACUUCAAACAGCUUCACACACCAACCAACUACCUCGUCCUCUCCCUGGCCAUGGCUGACCUCCUCUUGGGGGCAAUCUUCAUGCCCCCCAGCAUGGUGCGCUCACUUGAAUCCUGCUGGUAUUUUGGAGACUUGUUUUGUAAAUUCCACACUAGUGCAGGUGUUAUGCUUUGCACUGUAUCCAUUUUAAAUCUGUCUUUCAUCUCAAUUGAUCGAUAUUACGCUGUUUGCCAACCCCUCCACUACCACAGUAAGAUCACAAAUGGGGUUUCAGUGAUCAUGGUCCUGGUCAGUUGGAUUGUGUCUGCCUUUGUUGGUUUUGGGAUGGUAUUUCUGAACUUGAACAUUUUGGGCGUUGAGGACUUCUAUUAUAAAAAUGUUGCUUGUAUAGGAAGGUGUCUUUUGUUUCAGUCUGUGGCUUCAAGUUCAAUAUCUUCAGUUCUCUCCUUCUACAUCCCAGGGUUCAUUAUGGUUGGAAUCUAUCAGAAAAUCUUCCGCGUUGCACAGGAGCAAGCCCGUUCCAUCAACAGCAUUGCCUGUCAGAAUGUGAACUCUGAAAAAAACAAAAAAUCUUUAAGCAACUUAGAGCGGAAGGCCACAAAGACUCUUGCAGUUGUUAUGGGGGUAUUCCUGUCAUGUUGGACCCCAUUUUUUUCAUGCAAUGUCAUUCAUCCAAUAGUCAAUUAUUCCAUUCCACCUGUUUUAUUUGAUACACUUGCAUGGAUUGGCCUUUUAAAUUCAACAUUUAAUCCUAUUGUUUAUGCUUUCUUUUACAGCUGGUAUAGGAAAGCAUUUAGAAUGAUCAUUUUUGGAAAGAUAUUUCACACUGACUCCUCAAGAUCAAAAUUGUGUACUGACUGA